GGCCACUGGAUGGCAACAUUUAUUUCUUAUGUGGUUCGACAGCACGACUCCAUUUCUUUCUUCCUUUCUUUCUUUCUAUCUAUAUAUCUAGCUAUCUAAUAUUCUGCUUCAUUACCCACAAUGCCCCGCUGCCGCUACUGUAUCUUUGACGAAGUUCAGACGUUGAACUCCAUUGCCCACAAUGCCUUGAGCCCGGCGGCUACUACUAUUACAUCAUUGGCAGACACCCACUUCUCUGCUGCUGAGGGAUGACGCAACCGAGGGGGAGAGAGAGCGAGAGAGAGAGAGAGAGAGAGAGCGAGAGAGAGAGAGAGACGAGCAUCGCAGUUGCAGCGUUCACUUGUCGUCGGAUUUUCACCGCAUUGCGAAUUGAACUGAAAAAAAAGACAAAAAAAACAAUCGAAAUCUUGUUAAAGAAACUAGUAGUAAUAAUAAAAAAAAAAUCCCCAGGCGAGCGGCGCCGCGCCUCGACAGCCCCCUCCCUUGCCCAAAAGCAGCAGCACGUAACGUAAUUAAGAAACGCAGUGGGUGCAAGUGUCCAUUCGCCCGAAGAUGGUCGACCGCGAGCAGCUGGUGCAGAAAGCCAGGCUGGCCGAGCAGGCUGAGAGGUAUGACGACAUGGCGGCCGCCAUGAAAUCGGUAACGGAGCUGAACGAGGCUCUGUCCAACGAGGAACGCAACCUGCUGUCGGUGGCCUACAAGAACGUGGUGGGCGCCCGGCGCUCGUCGUGGCGCGUCAUCUCCAGCAUCGAGCAGAAGACGUCAGCCGACGGCAACGAGAAGAAGAUCGAGAUGGUGCGCGCCUACCGCGAGAAGAUCGAGAAGGAGCUGGAAGCUGUGUGUCAGGACGUCCUCAACCUUCUGGACCACUUCCUGAUCAAGAACUGUGGCGAUACGCAGCAUGAGAGCAAAGUGUUCUAUCUGAAGAUGAAGGGCGACUACUACCGCUACCUGGCCGAGGUGGCCACGGGCGAGAAGCGCGCCGCCGUGGUGGAGUCGUCAGAGAAGGCCUACAACGAGGCGCACGAGAUCAGCAAGGAGCACAUGCAGCCCACCCACCCCAUCCGGCUGGGCCUGGCUCUCAACUACUCCGUCUUCUACUACGAGAUCCAGAACGCGCCAGAGCAGGCGUGCCACCUGGCCAAGACGGCCUUCGACGACGCCAUCGCCGAGCUGGACACCCUCAACGAGGACUCGUACAAAGACUCCACGCUCAUCAUGCAGCUGCUGCGCGACAACUUGACUCUGUGGACGAGCGACCAGCAGGACGACGAGGGCGGGGAGGGCAACAACUAAAAGCCCACGAGAAGAAAAGGCGAAGACGACGAAAAAGGAUCGUGGCAGGAAAAAAAAAAAAGGCCGGUGGACUUUGGCAGCCGCUUUUUGCCGACCCCACUCGCGCAGCAGCCGUUGUUUAUUUUUCCACGUGUUUCCAGAAAAGAACAGAGAGGUGAGCGCUAGUUUAAAUAGACCUUUUCACCAUGACGUACUUCCGGGUGUUAAAAGCUUAAGCAUGUAAACAAACCCCUCUACAUGUCAUUUGAUCCAGGCAGAGCCAUUGAGAAAACGGGAUUGAUCGAUUGACUUUAGCCUUCUUUCUGAAUGUGUCCGUCGAAAAGGUGAUGUUUUGUGAGGCUGUGAGGCUCGGAUGGAGACAGAACAGCGCCUGUAAUUUCACAUUUCGACAAGUAAGUUGAUUCAAAAAUAGACAGAAUGGAAAUUCGGACAUCGCCGAGGGACUGGCUAAUUCACUUUUCUGGUCCUCGGAUUAAUGGCGCAGACGAUCUCUUUUGAUGCUGAAAUUGUUAUAUCGUCGGCUACUAGCAGGCUAGCCAUUGUUUUGCGAAAUUAUCUUCAGACAACCCAACCAAAUAUUUCAUACAUACCUGUGAGAAAAUGUCUUCUCAAUGAUGGAGGUUUGGUUCCCAGUCCGCUCCUUAACAAUUGGCUACUGCACCUCUAUCUAGGCAGUCUUGCGAUCAUUUUUGUACAACUUUUUAUGACAUUCACUUGAUUUAUCCUCGUCACCAACAAGUUCUGCCGGAUAGAUUUUGAUUUUUACAGAGGAAAUGAUAAAACCCAGAAACCUUUAAGGGCAAAUCUGGUGGUGCAGUUUUUGUCGUCGUUUUCAGUUCAGGUCAGCGAUGGUCACUUGCUUUCUGCCACCCGGAAGUAUUCUGGUGCCUAUUGUUUACAAACAUUAUGAAAAGGUCUAUAUAUAUAUAUAUAACGUAUAUAGAGAAGGAGACAAAUUUAUAUGCGGUCGAAAGGGCCUCCACCUUGUUGAUUUCCUUUGCGCCACCCACAACACUUAUCAGCCAAUCAGAGCUCGUCGUCGAGUAGAAAAGGCGACGUUACACUCAGAAUUGGUCUGUCCAGACAUGCUGCUUACAUUUUAUGUUUUGUUAUUCUAUGUAUUGCUUGUGCAUCAUGACACUGCUAUGUUCCACUAAAUAGCCCAUGGAAAUUAACGAAAUUGGCGCAAAUUUGAAACAACAACAAAAAAAAAGUCCUUGUUCCAGGACAUAGUCCCAAACCAGAAAGUGUGACAAACAAAGUGUGUGUGAGUUCCAUUUGAGGAAUUAUAAUAUGUAACAAAUAAAAAGAAAAAAUAAUUAAAAAAUAAUAAUUCAUAUGCAUCACAACAGUAGCCACUUCCAAGGAGUAUUCCAAACCCAGGAAAAGUGAAAAAUACAUAAAUAAAUCAUACACUGGACACCUCGGGGAAGUAGUCACAACCCGGAUGUGUGGAAAAACAGUUCAUUAAUUUGCCUCGCAAGACUGUCAAGUUCCAAGAAAUAGUCUAAACACAUGAAGAGUUACAAACCACAUCUUAAAGUUAAAAAUAAUAAAUAAAUCAUAUACUUGUCUGCUCCAAGUAAUCACGACUCGGAUGUGUGACAAACCUCGUGCUAGGACACCGGUCCAUUCCAGGAAAUAAUCGUGGCCCAAGAAAUGGCUAAACAUCAAUUUGCUUACAGACCCUGGCCAAUUCCAGGAAGUAGUUGUAGCCUGAAAAAGUAAAUAGCCAACCAAUGAAUUAGCCCAAAUUUGCCCAAAGUAUUGCUUAAAAAUAAAAAAAUAAAACCUCCUAAAAAUAGCACGCUAGUCCGCUUUGUUUUCCAUUAAUUCUUUUCGCAGCAAAAGUGAAAAAAAAAAAAAAAAAAAAAGUAAUAAGGCAGCUUUGUGGUUUAUUUUAUUAAAUGCACUCGCCUACUACAACUACUACUACUACUAUUACUAGUACUACUACUACUACUAAACUGUUUCUUCAGUGUACAAUAAUGAUGAUGACAGAAUAAUUAUAAUGAUAAUAUUCAAUAUUGUGCAUGCUGGUGAUGUAAUUAUAUACAGUAGCUUGACUUGAUUCACUUACUGUAUACUGUGGGUGUUAAGUAUUCAUGACUGAAAAAAACAGCCUUCUGUCUACUUUAUUAUUAUUUUUUAAACAAUUAUUUUCUCUACUGUUAAAAAAAAACACAGUUGUACUGGCUGUUGCUUUAGUGACAUGCAAUAUGUGUAUUUAAUUUGUUUUAAAAAAGGCAAAAAAAGAGAAAAAAGGAUGCUUGAACCUCACCAUUGCUCACUCUCGAUGUCGCCAGCUGGUGUUUGUCACAUGGGGGGAAAAAAAAAAAAAAAAAAAAAAAAAGACACACAGUAGUAUUUAAUACUUUUUAUUAUUUAUGGAUUAUUUCUGCGUUUUGACAAAUGUGUUUGGACCACAUUGGAAUGGAUUUUCUUUUUUUUUUAAUAUACCUUCUUUCUCCCUCUCCCGCUGUUUUCCUGAGUGACAACAACAACAAAAAUAUCUUGAAUGUGAGUCAUGAUGUAGCAGUUGCACAAGAAACAAAAAUAUUAGCUAUGAUGAUCAUAAGAGUAAUAAUAAAAAACUAUGAUGGCUGAACGAUCAAAGCACCA